AAACAUUGCCCGAGGGGGAGCGUUUUGAUAGAGGCUUACAAUUUUGAAAGCACGCUAUCUGGUCUACGUUUCUUUUUACGGUAUCUUCGUAGUCGAGUUUAACGUUUAUAUAACAUUUGUAUAAUCUAUGGCUGAUGUAAAAGAUGAAGAAUUUGAUCUCACCUUUUUGGACGAAGAUGAUAUCGAUGUAGAUGUACCUGACGCCGCUUCAACCCGACUUAUUCACCUCGACAAAGAUACGGAAAUCCCGAAACGAUAUUUGAUUCGCAAGAUUUUUUCACCGCAUUUGGAGCCGCCAGCUCAUUACCACCCUGCUGCAGAAGAGUCCCAAAGAAGGAAAAAGGUACCAGUUGUUUUGUGUCACCGUCUAUAUUUUUAUUAUCAAGCGCGCGACAUUGUGCAAAAACCGAAAGGUUGUCUGUUGAUUAUAAAAGCAUGCCCCGAGAGAUUUGAUUUCACAGAUGUCAACGCCACAGGAUAAGCUUAGCUUACGUUUAACAGAUUUCGGACAAUUGGAAUGAAAUAGUUCAAAGUGAAUUCCCUGUAUUUUGUUAUCUAAUCACCGUUUUUUUUGAGGCUCCUCUCAAAAUUGUCAGCCGACCAUGUAGCAAAUGAACGAUGUUUUUGUGCGAAAUGGAGAAAUGAUUGACCACAAGUAAUGCGCUAGGUGCAGUUUUUGUCGCUGGUUGUCUGGUUAUAUCGUCUUUUAUGUUAUAAAUGUUUUAACUGAAGAUAUUAACCCCUCGGUGUGUAUUUAGUAGGGUAUUUCCGGCUUUUUCUCUAACAGGAGAAAAGCGAAAGUUCGACAUCGUUUAUAAGCGGGAACUCAGUCGUGUGUAGGCAGUAUAACUUCUGCCAUUUCCCAAAAGAAAUAAACAUCUCUAAAUCUUUUAUCUUUGUAGAAACCUGACAUGUUUGCCUGUUAAACCUAAAGUGAUCCCAUUUGCUGUCAAUUUUAUAGUAUUUUUUUUAUACAGCGAUUGGCGUAGGCCAGCUUGAAGUAGACAAAUUCAACGCUUGCUGUUAUUAGCAUUGUUUUAUCGCAUUAAUUUGACAUGACAUUUGUAAAAAAUGGCAUUAUCAGUGAUUGACAUCUUGUCAAGUUUCGAUAAAUUGAGUAUCAGCGGAAACGUGUUGAAUGUCGUGUUCUAUGGAAAAUGGAUAAUUUUGAAAAUUUAAACAAUGUUUUGUCCAUACUUUUAAAUAUUAUGGAAAUUUUUGCAGAUGACAAUGUCACCUUUAAAUCUAAUAAAUAGGAACACUGUGAAAUUAACAAGUCUGUUCAAAUUGUGUGUUUGACAGUUUCCUUUUUUAUUUAAACACACACAUGUACUGUUUAUUUAAUUAUAAAAGGCAUUUUUUCCUGCAAUACCUAGGGAGCACUCACUUUGUUUAUAUAUUUUCAUUAAAGUAAGUAUUCUUAUCAAGAUGGAAAUGAAUGCAGCAGGUUCAUUUGAAGAAUUAGCAGUGAAACUGAUAGUAGUAAUCAGAAAAAUUGUUUAGAGUAGUUGAGUAUAUCAGAUAUAACAAUUUUAUCUUGAAAAUCAGGAGUAUGUUUCAUUCUUCAGUUUCAUCAUUGAAAAUAUUUCCAAAGUACUGUGACUUUCACAAUAAGAUAUGAAGAUAUAUACAUGUAUCUAUUAUGCACCAGGCAAUACUUGCAUUCAAUCCUGGAUGUUAGUGUGACAUAAAUCUAGAAAAGGGGGAUGGGGGGGCUAAAACAGAACCUUGAGGUCAGGGAAAGUAGUUUCAUCAUUAUUUUAACACUUUUGACUUUAUUUCUGUGAUUACUAAGAGUAUAGAUGUUGGAUAGGAAGAAACCAUGAGUUCCAGGGAAGUAGUGUUACUGUUAAGAUUUUUAACACUUUUGACUUUAUUUCUGUGACAACUACAUGUACAAGUAUAGACAUUGGAUUAUUGUGGAGGAUUUUGUUUUUUUUUGUUGUUGUUGUUGUUUUUUUAUAAUAACUGACGCAAAAGAAUAUUUCCAUCAAAAAUAUUGUGUAACCAGUAUGAGGGUUCAGAGAUCUUUUAAAGAAUUGUGAAAAGAGAAAAUAGCAACAGUACAGUCUGAAAAAAAUAGCAAAUAGUAUGGCAUAUUUAUUAAUAAUUGUAAUGGCACUGAGUAGAGUCCAACUUGGUCUGUAAUCAUAAAAGUGAUUAACACAAUAAGACGACUGAUAAGCACAAGUUGGAUUUGCUAGUCACAACAAUAACUAGUUAAUUAAAUUUGUCGAAUCACAAAUAAUUAGUGAAAAAUAAAGCAGCUAAUGUAUAUCUAACAUUUGAAGAAAUUGUAAUGUUAUGAUAAAUCAUUUAAUUAUGAUUUUUAUAAAUACCAGGUAUUUGAAUUAUUCAGCUUCUAGCUAACAUAGAUUCAUUCUCAAUGCUAAAUUACAAUAUCUGUGAAGGGAAUACCAUUAAUACAAUACUUUUUAUUUCUCUUGAAAGGUUCACAGCAAGUGGGGUACUGAAGUAAUCAAAGGUCGGCAUAGUUAUUCCAAUCAAGAUGACCUUGUAGCCUUAUUAAGCUUUGAAAAUACAUCUAGUUCUCGUAAUUCCAGCCUUGAUGAAACAACCAUCAGAAAAGUAAGACAAGUUUUAUCACAGAAGAGUGGAGAUGACAAUCUAGAACCUCUACGCCAUAGUGCUCUUCAGCUCUUAAUGAAGUUUUCCAGUACUGCCACUUACGACAAACUGGGGCAAUGUUUUUUAGAGGGAAAAAUUGAGGAAAUAUCUCAUUUAAAACUCACUGAGAUUCAAGGUUUGUUUCAGUAUAGGAAGUGAAUUUAAUUCUCAAAAAAUUGUGAGUGCAAUCAUGCAUCUAAUGCUGAAUAAGUCUCCAUUGUUACUUUAGAUUUUAUUUGUGCACAAAACUCUUAGUGGUAAGUGUCUAACUAUUUAUUGGCUUUACAUAGUCCAUUUCAUCCGAAAACAGGACCCUGAAGGAUAUUUUUCCUACAGCUCCCACUCUCCCAUGUUACAUGAAGGUUGUUACAUAAAUUCACAUUUACACUGAGAACAGUUAAUCUUGUGAAGUAGGAUUGAAAUAUAGUCUUAUCUUAUUUUGCGAUGUUUUCAUAUAUGUAAGUGUCAUCAUAAGCUUGUCUCAAAAUGUAUGUUUACCACCUCAGCUAUGGGCUCAUCCUUUACUCUUAGCAGGCUUAAAAAAAAAAAGGGAAAAAAGGAUUUUACAGAAUUAGCCAUUCAUAUUAGCAGUGCUGCAUAUUUUUGCCAUGAUAAGGGGCUAUGCACUCCCUAGAAAUGAAAGAAAAAUAACACUGAUUUGAUGUGUUUGUAUCAUUUUCAGCUGUGUCUCUAAUAAUUCCCCCACCAUGCUUCAUAGAGAUAGCCAUGCCUACUGAUGAAGGCUCAAAUCUCAAGGAAACCCUUUCCUCACUGUUGGUAUCACAUCAUUCUACUUUCCCAUUCUUAAGUGUUAGAGAACCAGAACACAAAUUUAACAAUGGAUCAAGCCCCUCAAAUUCUCCAGCAUCUAAGACCAGACGGGUGGAUAAUGGUGGUCUAACAAAACCUGCUGUAGGUGUGAUGCUAAUGUUUACGCAGCGAGCAGAAAAAAAUUCUGAAAGCUGUUUGAGUGUAGUAAGAGGUAACUCUAAAGAAUGGGAGCAAGUCAAUGUGCCACAAGGAAUUGCAGAAGGACCUGGUGAUGAGGUUUAUUUCAAAGCUGCAAAUAGGGAAGGGCCUGUGUUUGCAGUCAAGAAACUGUCACCUGGUUCUGGAGUUCGCAUUAUACUUUUUGUGAACAAGGACAUAGACGAAGUAGAGCACUUUUACCACCUGAUCACUGGUAAGCAACCACUACACCUAAACAAGAUCGAAGAAGGCCUUAGUACCCGCACAUUCCCUCUAUCACCCAAACUGGAACUGCAACUUGUUUGUCAUCCAGCCCUUACUUCACAUCCUGUGAAAAAUGCUGCUCUUUGCUUCAUGUUGAAAGGGAAUGAUGUGAACGAAAUGUGUUCAGAAAUUCCUGGUGGACUUCGGAACAUUGGUGAAGGACAUUGGCAAGGAAAAGAUCCAGAGGGAAAUGCUGUUAUACUUUAUAGUUUACUAAAAUAGACUGCAACUGUUGUUUCUUGGGUUGCUUGAUAGAUGUAUAUCUUGUGAUAUCUUUACCUCUAAGUAGCAGUUGUGAAGGUGUACAUAUCUUGUGCACUGUAUAUUUUACUUUCUCCAAGGUGUGGCUUAGUCAGUUUUCUUUACAUAAGGACAAACAUGACUGACCUGAAAAUUUUGGUGUCACCUCAUUUUUGGAAGAAAUAAAAAAUUUAUCACUAACCCUUACACCCUAAUAUCAGUGUCCAUGUUCUCGAUACUCCUCUCUAUACAUUUCCUUCAGUAAUUUGUUAUCAAUAAAAGCUUCUUACACAGAAUUAGGCUCACAAUCACCUUUGUUAUUCCCAUGAUCUUCGUGGAAUAUUCAGCUGUAUUACUUUAGAAAUUAGGUGCUAGUCACUGUUGAAAGGGUGAAGUUCACAGCAUGUGGUUAUGGAAUAUCCUUAUAUACAGCUUUCAGAAAGCAAUCAAGUGUUCUUUCUCUAGUCAAAGAGUGUUUUUAUUUAAUUUAAUGGAUAUUUUUAAUAACUUUUAUUUAGUAAAGUUCCUUCUGUCAGAAUCCAAAAACUGAAAACAGAUGAAUAUAACUGAAAUCAAUGUAAAGUGAAAACUCCAAUGGCAUGAAAAAAGUUUUAAUAACAACAGACUUUGUUAAGACACUCAGAGGACUAUAUAGAUUUUGUACACAUUCUGUAGGAUAAGGUUUUGAAAAAAUCUCCCUUAAAUUAAAGCAAGGAUAUUAUAAUAUUUCUACAAAUAUCCAAGUAGAAUCUACUCCACAAUGAACUUCAACACUUAAUCUGCCUUUUUUUUGUUGCUUAAGAUAGAUAGUAACGUAUAGAGUUAACAAGAAAUUUGCUUUCCGUCGCAGUCACGUGUAGAUAUCACAUAUGGAUUAAUUUAGUUUCAAUUAAACAUCUAGUAUCACUGAACAAGGUAUGGUACUUAGUGGUAUGGUAUUCAUGGUAGGUUAUUGAAGGCACAGCUGUUGUAACUUACCGGUAAUCAAACAUGAAGCAGC